AUGGGUGAUGCCAUUGACUCGGAACAUCUGUCGGAAAUGACAGAAGAUGACGAGACGUAUGUGAUCAAAUCUCACAUGACAGGUUUCACCAAGCUAGAUGCUCGUUACCUGAUUCCUUUCUUCACCAAGAGAUUCACCCAGAAGGAGAUGAGGGAAGGAAGGAGCCAGGUAGACAUGUUGGCCACCCAGUGGCAGAAGGAGGUGAGAGCAGCACCGUCAGAAUCUGAGGAUGACAACGAAAAUACAGAGAUUGAGACUUGCCUUAUUACAACUGCCAGCACCGCAUCCCUCUUCCAGAACAGCACACUCCCUCCCAACGACAAAGUCUGA